CUAUAUUAUUUUCAUAAUAUAAGUUUUCUGAAAUUAUAUACCUAAUAUAGUAAGUAACGUGAAACAGUGUUACAUUAUGUGACAGUAUUAUACUUUCAUACUAUGACUGUAUUAUUUAUUAAUAUUUGUAAAGCCAACUAGUUAAUAUAGAACAUAAGUCUGGAAUUAUUUUAAUAAAACAUUACAAAUCUAGAACCAAAUGGACGAAAAAACUAAAAGUAAUGAAGUUCUAUACUCGCCAAGCCAAUGGUGUAAAAGAAUGGAUCCAGGCAUAGUGGUAAAUAAACAUAUUGAAAUAGUUCAACUAAUCAGUGAACAAAUUAAGAAAUCCAGAUAUUGUAGAUUGACAAAUAUUAGAUAUGGGUCUGGUGACCAACAGUUAUUAGACGUUUACGAAGAUGGACUGACUUCUCCGGGUUAUACUUUUGUUUACAUUCAUGGAGGAUAUUGGCAAGAAUUAAACAAAGACAUUUCUGCCUACUGUGUAGAACCAUUAGUAAAUGCAGGGAUUCGAGUAGUUAUACCUGGUUAUGAUCUCGCUCCAAAAGUAACUUUGUUUGACAUAGUUGAAGAAAUUCAUCAAUUGCUAUCAUAUUUAAAGAAUUCUUUAAAAUAUAAAAAUAUUUGGUUGGGAGGACAUUCAGCAGGUGCUCAUUUAGCCGCAUCUAUGAUACAUCCUGAAGUAAAUGAAAACAUUGGUGUUAAAGGAUUUAUACUCAUCAGCGGUAUAUUUGAUCUUAAACCAUUAUUGGAGACUUCUAUAAAUAAACCACUCAAGUUAAACAAGAAUACUUGUCUAGAACUAAGUCCACUGAAUAAUUUAUAUGGACUUGAUUUUACACAUAAAACGACUCAGAAUUGUAUAAAAAUUCUUGUGGCUUAUGGAGAAAGUGAUUCACCAGCUUUCCAUUUCCAAUCAAAACAGUUUGCCAAAUUUCUGGAAAAACUUGGUUUGGAUGUAACAGAAAAAAGAAUAAAUGGAGUAGAUCAUUUUGACAUUGUAGAGAAUCUUUCUAAUAUAGACUAUUCUCUUACAAAAACAAUUAUUAAUUUUAUUAUUAACUAAACUUUUUCAUACAGUAAAUUAUUAUUAUUAUUAUUGUUUAUUAUAUAUUAUGUACCUAUUUGUGUAUACCUAACUGCUAACAUAAAUGUAAUACUCAAUAAUCUAAAAUAAUGUGACUGUAUAAGACAUAAAGGUGUAUCAAUAAUUUUCAAUUUUAUAUAUGACUUAUGUAUACAAUUUAUAUGAUAGUUUAAUCAGAAAUUCAGAAAAAUAUAUUAUAUCAAGUAGGUUGGUA